ACUCCAGUGUUUUUUUGACACUGCAAUAGAAGUCGUAAUGUUUGAAAUUGUUCCUUACAGUUUUAUUAAAGCAACAUUUAAAUAAUUAGUCACUACAAUAAGGCAGCCGCUGUAGCUUUCGUCUUAUUAACGCGGCUUACUGAUCGUAAUAUGGCUUAUGUGAACGUUUUGAAAACCCUGUUUCAUCGAAAUCUGAAAUCCGAAGUCUUCCUUCAGCAAUGCCGUUUGGUGCAGGUCGUGCACAGGACAUUGUCCACUAGCACAUCUUCAGGACUGGUCCUCUUCAGGACAGAGAGACCUGCUCUGAGCUGUCUCACCGCGGCUCAGCGGCCUGUCUGUCUCCACUGUUCGGCCAGAAACAGGAGCAGCCCGGAGGAGAGAGACAGGGCGGUUUCCAGGUAUCGGAGCGGGAGCCCCAAACCAACUUCACAGAAAGUGAAAGAAGCUGGUAAAGACUUCACCUACCUGAUAAUUGUGCUCAUCGGGCUGGGAGUGACAGGUGGGCUGUUGUAUGUGGUUUUUCAGGAACUGUUUUCCUCCAAAAGCCCAAACAAAGUUUAUGGAAGAGCCUUUGACAAAGUCAAAUCCCACCCAGAGGUGAUUGGUGCGUUUGGCGAACCACUCAAGUGCUACGGUGAAACUACCCGCCGAGGAAGGAGGCAACAAGUGAGUCAUGCAGAGUACCUGAAGGAUGGACUGAAGCACAUGAGGCUGAAGUUUUACAUCGAAGGCUCAGAGCCAGGCCUGAAAGGAACGGUGCAUUCAGAGUCAAAAGAGAAUCCUGAAACCGGAAAGUUUGAGUUUCGUUAUAUUUUUGUGGACAUCGACGUCUACCCCAGACGGGCCAUUAUUGUGGAAGACAACAGAUGA